CGCGAGGGGCGAGACCGGCGGGGGGCGGCGGGAGGAGCGGAGAAGGGAGACGGCGGCCGCCGGAGCUCUGCGCUCCGUGCGGAAGAGCGGUGGCUCCGGGGAGCCGCGUUUGGCGGCGGACCGGUGCCGAGUUCCGGUCGGGCGGCGGGGAGUGUGGCCAGCGCCAGUUUGUUGCUGCCCAGAGCCGAGAGCUUCUUCCCACGACUUGUACUACAGUGUCUGGGAGCCUUCCCUGCGCCUUGAGGACAAUCCUGUGUAAAAAUGCUGCGCUACUGGGGUGAGAUCCCGGUGCCAUCCAACCAGGCCAACCGCAGCUCUUUCGACCUGCUCCAGCGCGAGUUCCGCACAGUGGAAGUGCAGGACCCUCCGCUGCACCAGCCAUCAGCGAACAAACCGCGGCCCACCACCAUGCUGGACGUCCCCUCCGAGCCCUGCAGCCUCACCAUCCACACCAUCCAGCUCAUCCAGCACAACCGGCGGCUGCGCAGCCUCAUCGCCAUGGCCCAGGCACAAAACCAGCAGCAAGCGGAGGGCAUCAAGACAGAAGACAAUGAACCUCUGCCCUCUCGUCCGGCCUCCCCACCUCUACCCGAUGACCUGCUUCCUCUGGACAGCAAGCCCCCCAAAAUGCCAUUCCAGCUGAGGCACAGUGACCCAGAGAGUGAUUUCUACAGAGGAAAAGGAGAGCCUGUGACUGAGCUGAGUUGGUCCUCCUGCCGGCAGCUUCUCUACCAGUCAAUGGCCACUAUCCUGGCUCACACGGGCUUUGAGUGUGCCAAUGAGAGUGUCCUGGAGACCCUGACAGACAUAGCCCACGAGUACUGUUUGAAGUUCACCAAGCUGCUGCGCUUUGCUGUGGAUCGAGAAGCCCGACUGGGGCACACUCCUUUCCCGGAUGUCAUGGAGCAGGUCUUUCACGAAGUGGGCAUUGGCAGCGUGCUCUCACUGCAGAAGUUCUGGCAACACCGCAUUAAGGAUUACCACAGCUAUAUGCUUCAGGUUAGCAAGCAGCUCUCUGAAGAGUAUGAGAAGAUUGUCAACCCUGAAAAGGCAGCAGAAGACACAAAGCCUGUGAAGAUUAAGGAGGAACCUGUUAGUGAUAUCACUUUCCCCAUAAGCGAGGAGCUGGAAGGAGAUCUUGCUUCUGGUGACCAGUCUUUGCCAGUUGGAGUUCUUGGAGCUCAAAGUGAGCGAUUCUCUGCAAAUUUGGAAGUAGAAGCUUCCCCACAGACUUCAGGUAGGGCUGAGGUGAAUGCUUCCCCACUCUGGAACUUGGCGCAGGUGAAAAUGGAGCCACAGGAAAAUGAGGAGGCCAAUGUUCAUGGCCAUGGGGUCCUAGGCAGUGAUGUCUUUGAGGAACCUAUGUCAGGAAUGAGCGAAGCUGGGAUAGCACAGAGCCCCAAUGGCUCUGAGAGCAGCUAUGGUUCUCAUUCUGCUGACAGUCUGAUGGGAUCCUCACCUGUCUUCAACCAGCGCUGCAAGAAAAAGAUGAAGAAGAUGUGAAGAGAGGGGGCCUUUUUUAUUUAGUUCUGAUGGACUUGGAACAAACCAAAAGAGUACUCUGAUGGCUAUGAUGUAUAAAUGGAGCUGGCCCUGGUGUAUGAGGGACCUUGCAUGAAAUCAUUAUGAGAGGUUUGAUGUGUAGUGCACUUCAUCUCCCCUCAUAGCUGGCUUCUUUGCUCCAUCCUGACUCAUGAGAUUGAAGAUAACUGUAUGCAUUCGAUAGUGUCAUGGCUUGCUUUGGCAGACUAAUGAGGAUGUUAAAAGUGGAAAAUAGCUGUGAAGAGAUUUGUUAAGUCACAGAAUCACUGAAUAAUUAGGGUUGGAGCUUUCUGGUCCAGCCAAGGCAAAUAGAGCAGGUUGUUCAGGGCCCCAUCUCAUUGAGUUUUGAAUAUCUGCAAGGAUGGUGAGACUAAACCUCUCUGGGCAACGUGGGCCAGCAUUUGACUGCCCUCAUAGGAAAAAAAAUAUUCUUGCAUCCAGCUGGAAUUUCCAUGUUUCAGCUUGUGUUCAUUGCUUCAUUUUCCGUCACUGUUCAUCUCUGAGUUCAGUCUGACUUUGUCUUCUCUAACCUGCAUAUUAAGUGGUUGUAGACAAGGAGAUCUCUCCAUGGCUUUUCCUAUUCUUGUAUCUGAAAAAAACAAGCUUGUCUUCUGCUACAGUCCUCUAACCAUCUUAGUGAUUUUCCAACAAAACUGCUGCACUGCUCUUAUUAUAAGAGGAAGCAUGAAAGUGAAUGCAGUCCUCCAGGUAAGGUCUCGCAAGUACAAUACAGAGAGAAUUAGUAAUUUCAACAUGCUGGCCACACAAUUGUUAACUGUUGCAGGCAACAAGACAGUCUUAAGUUGGGUAAUUUCACUGGUGGGAGAGCCUUCACUGAUGAUGAUGACCUGGCAAAGAUGCUGGAGUGUGGCCUUACAGUGCCAUCAGUUAGCUCCUUUGGUGUCUUCAGAUGCAUUCCUGUCUGUUUACAUGGACUCGUGAGUGUCUAGUUGGCUAAAGUUCCUGCUAACUCAGUCUUCCUUUGCUCCACAUAAUACCUUGUCCCCCCGCACUCUUUUAAGUCUGCCCCCUGGGUCUACUAAACAGUGAAAGUGCGUAGUGGUGCUGAGUACAUCAGUCUCGUAAAUUGCGGCCUUUAUUUCCAGGUUGUUGAACAGCAAACUCACAUUUUCUUUAACCUUUCUUUUGCUUCCAGCAGAUGCAGAAAAGCUCUUCUUCACGUUUGUAUGGGUUUCAACUCCAGCUGAACUUUGCCUUCCCUAAUUCUCUGCCUUCAUGCUUGGACUGUGUCUUUAUAUCCCUCCUGGCCAGCCCAUUCUCAUUUCCAUUUCUGUGUACAUUUUUCUGUACAUCUGAGCUCAGUCAGGAGUUCCUUGGUUAUUUGUGCUGGCCUUUUGUCAUGCCUGCUUUACUUUCUGCUCAUCAGAAUAGACUGUUCUACUUUCAGAAUGCAGUCUUAGAAGGUAAGACAGCACUCUUGGGCCACCUGGGGAGACCGGGGCUGUCUCUCAUGAGAGCCUACCAGGACGUUCCUUGAAAAAAAAAUCUUGUUCUGAACGUCCAGAGCUCUUCUUGUCUCGUAUACAUUUCUCAAGAUUUUAAAUCCACAAUUUUGUGUCUGCAGAAGCCAGUGCCUUCAAGAUUCUUCUUACUGACGAGUCCAGCAGAGCUUCUUCCUUAAUUCCUUGAUUGUUUAAUCAGGGAAGUUGACAGCCAACUGUUUAAGGUAGGGUUUUUCAGAGAGGAUAUAACAGCUUUUGCUAUUGGUUUGAGCCAGUGCUGUCAGGGCAAACUUUUCCUUCACUCUUACUGGAUUGAGUGUAGCCACUUCAGGCCAGUUGCUAUCUUGACAACUUAGUCUGAAACAGAAUCUAUUUUACUGCUUGCUUUUAUGGCUCAGCUGACUGAUGACAAUUUUUGUUCUGCACAGUCCUCAGCUGAUCAACUCAGUCUUUAUCUUGAUUCAGUGAGUAUCUCUCUCUCAAAAGAAGCUAGAAUGAACACGAAUCAAGAAUGAACAGUCACUUAAACUGGCUUUAUACCUGUAACUCAUUGGGAUGUUUGAGGGAGAUUUAUCAGACCUCCCGUUUGUCCUUAGUAUUGCAAGUUUAUCUUUUGAAAGGAUGAGCUCCAGGCAUAGUAUUUUUUUGUUUCCAUAUAACAUGCCUAGCCUUAGUUCUUUUCUCCUUACUGUAUUUCUCUUCCAUUUUACAGAAGUGGAAGCCAAACAUUAAAUUCCUCUAUGUCUACUAAGAAUGUGUGGCUACAGGCUUUUAUGGACAUUGAAGGUAAAAUUGCCCAUCACAGUCUUAAAAGUUCCUCCUGGGAGGUAAAUUCUAGCUAUUUGAAGCCUAGUCAGUAGUUGAACAGAGGACCAAUGUAUCAGGAAAUCUUUAUUUUGAUUCCCUCUGAGUAACCAUUAGGAAAACUUCAAUGCCUCUGUUUUCUCAACUGUAAAAAAAAGAAUAACAGUAUUUGCUUCUUAGAUGUCUUUUGGAGAUUUAGUUACUAUUAAAAAAGGUACUUCAUUCCUUUUCCAUUCAUUUCGUUUUGUUAGAGCUGUGAGCUUUUCUUCCAUUUGGGUAGGACUGUUGCUGGCUGGAAUAUACUUUGGUGGCCACUGAAAUGUUAGUGACCUAUAUUGUUUUCAACAGAAGAGCUUAUUAUGAACAAGUAUAGGACAGCUGCGCUAUUUGACUGCCAUAGUACAAGGAAAGCAUUUUGGAUGGUGUCCUCUCGCUGAACUUUAGACUUCUGCAUCUAAAUUUGUUGCUCAGGGCCCAGUUUGUAUCAUUUUUAGGUCAACAUAGGUCUGACCUAGAAGUAGAAGUCUAAAUGAGGCCAGAUGAAUGGUGUUUUAGAAGUAUCUAUUUUUCCACUGUGCACCAAUAAAGUGAAUUCAACUUGAUUACCUCAGCUAAAGGCAUCCACACCAUCAAUAUUGGUUAAGCAAUCUGAAUUUAGUCUUUCCUGUCUGGGAAUCCUCCUGCUAGGCAGAUGUUUUUCCUCUUCUACAUAUUCAGUAGUACUUAUCAUUGAAAUUGUCAUACUGGGCUAAAAUCAGACUGCCCAUCGUACUUAAAACAGCAGAUCCAGGGUUCUCCACAAUACACAGGCUGUGCUAGACGAGGGUCUUGAGGUUCAACCUGGUUUGGUUCUUGGGUCUGUCUUUGAUACUGUGUUAGAACACCUGUACAUCAAGCAUUUUCCAAACUGUUUUGGAAUAUUUUUGAAUUUAGGACUCAUAAGCAAAGUCCCUUGCACCAUUUUCAGGAGCUAGAGGACAGAGUGGCUGCUGUCAGCGUAGCUUGCUCAUUUGCAAGACCUCAGAUGGGCUAAAAAUGAAAAUCUGCUGCUCUUGAUGGCUUUAGUUAAACCUCUUAAGCCUCAGUCUUAAGUGCUUUCUUUAUACUGCUCAAGAACAGAUGCUCUGUCUUACUUUUAAUCAUACUUUUAUAUUUCACAUCCCCUUUCCACACUCACUUUGCCCUGUUACACACGCUGCUACAAGCGAAAUCUGAACCCUCUAUUGAUUCAGUUGUGUUGUUGCAGUGUAAUGGAGAUGUGUUAUUGAUUCUCUUUGGGAUGCUUGUUUAUGCAGAGAUUAGAAAUGCAUCAGCAUAUGGCUUGUACAUUUAAAAAGUGAUGGCAGAGUAAAAUCUGUACCUCCUGUUACCCAUUAUGCUGUGUUGCUUCUGACAUUCAUGCGUUGGAUGUUUCCUUUUGUGCAUAUGGAAGCUUUACGUUGUAGCUGAGCCUUUCCCUUCUGAACGUUUGCAGACUUUGAAUGUACGGUGCUGUCUAUCAUGCAUGAAAUAGUGAAAUUUCAAAUCUAGCUCACCAGCUCAGAUACAGACGGUAUGCUCUUCUGACGAAUGAAAUAAGAUUUUACUAGGUGUGAGGAGCUAGUGAGAAGUUCAUUGACCAUGUAAUCCCCAAAUUUUAAGCUACACUGAGAUUACACAAUGGCUUGGAACGAAGCUCUGCUCUCAUGGUUGUUUUUUUCUGGUCCCUGGUAAAGUGCUCUGUUGAUCCAUCCACCUCAGAAGUUUACCAUUUCAUCUUUCUCCCUUCUCUUUCCAAAGGUGAAUGGAUGGAAAAUUGGAAUAUUGAGGGUUGAACGCAUCCAUAUCCAGUGGCACUGAUGUCCUUAGAGAUUUAUUUUGCCAUGAAUUACUAGGCUUUUGAAGUAUUUUGCAUGAGAAUGAUAGAGGAUUGCAGGUGAGAGAAUGCUGUGCAUCAUAUUCGUUUCCCUCUAGCGAUACCUUUUUAUUCCUUUUGAAAAGUUUUACCUGGCAUCCAACAAAGUUCACUGUCUAAACGUCAGUGUGAAAACUUUAGCAUAGGUCAGACCAUGCUACGUAGUGAUUUAAUUCUGAAACUAUUCAUACUAAUUUGAAUAUGCAUAAUGCUGUGCAGGAAAAGAGAUGUUCCCCGCUUAGAAAAAGAAAGUGGGAAAAUAAGAUUAGAUAGGGUAGGUGAGGCGAAUCUGAUUAUAUGCUGAAUUCUGACACUAAUGCUCAUGUUAUGUGUGAAAAAUAUUUUACUUAAAAUGUUUUUGUACAUGCAUGUGAGUGAAAUACAUAACUUCGCUUGUGCUUAUCUGGAACAAAAUUGCUUGGAAAUAUAUCAGGGUUUUUUUCUUUAUUUUUUUUUCUCCCCUGCUCUCCUGGAGAGAGUAUCUUUGCAAUUUCUAAGAAAACAAAAACAAUUCUCCAGAAAUAAAAAUUCUAGAGGUUUUAUGUGA